AUGGAGAUUUCAAGUUUUAAGAAAAACAUGUUGACGAUGAUGAUGAUGAUGGCUAUGACGUGGAACAUAGCAAAAUCUGAUCUUCACUAUGUUGGAGGAAAUAAAUUUGGAUGGGUACCUGGUGUUAACUUGACACAAUGGUCAUUACAUGAACAAGUUCUUGUUCGUGAUUGGCUAUACUUUGGAUAUGAUAGACACACUUUCAAUGUGUUAGAGGUGAACCAGACAAGCUAUGAAAAGUGCAUUGAUACUGGAUUCAUCAAGAACAUAUCAAGAGGCGCCGGACGUGACGUUUUCGAGCUGACGGAGGCGAAGACCUAUUACUUCUUAAGUGGAGGAGGUUACUGCUGGGAAGGGGUGAAGGUUGCUGUUGAUGUUCUUGACCAUCUUCCACCAGCUCCUGCGCCAGCUCCCAAUAAAAGUGGCAGUUCUUCAAUUUCUUCCACCUUUCAGAUAUACCAUUCAAUUGCUGGGGUUAUCUUAGUCUUAAUUCUCACCAAUUUUUUGGUAUAA